ACGCUCUACGUGAUGUCAUCAGUAAGCGAGUUGAGUGAUGCUGAACUGCGUUCCGAGCUGAUGGCGCUCGGUGCUAAUGUCGGCCCGAUAACCCCGUCGACUCGUUCCGUCUACGAGAAACAGCUGGAGAAACGUCGCCGGUCAUCCGCCAUCCUCACAUCGUCUGCAGCUGCUCCACUCACCAAACCAUCGUCACCUUCAAAAUCACCAGUUCGAAUUAAACGUAAAUCUACAGUCACUAAUACGGAAAUUACCACCGAUCUGACAAGGCGUCCAUCGAAUAAUCGAAAAUCUCAAGUUGGUGGUGGUCAGAAGAUGACUCGAGCUGAGACCGAAGAAUCCUCAGAUUCAGAAGACCAUGCAGCACGUGGCUCCUUUGAAAAUGAGGAACAAGAUGUAUCGAGUGCUCCAAUGGUAUUGCGUUCUCGUACAACACUUCCGUCAACCCCUCAAGAACCGAUACAGAGCUCGGCAAAAAAAUUAUCUUCACAGCAAUCACCGAACAAGAAAUCUGGCGCUGAUGUUUAUCCUGGCCUCUUGAACAGUGGUAUCCAUCUGCAGCAGCAAACGAUCGGUAUCGCCUCCAGAACAUCUUCGAACUCCCCGAUGCAGUCAGGUUCGAGCCAUCAGUCGUCUAAAGUCGCCAAGCGUACUCCAACUCCGCCACGUUUCUCGGCUCGUCGUCAACUCGAUACGAGUGCACUAUCUUAUGGCAUAACGAACACACCUGAAAUGACGUCCAUCUACUCAUCAAGCACUCUCUCGAACCGAUACGUGAAUGAUCUCACCAAAUACACUAAAUCCUAUUCGACUCAAUCUGAUGGACGAUUCACACAUUCGUCGAGUGGUAUUAAUACGAGCGAUGUUGGUAUAAACCGUCGUAUUGUUAACAGUCGUGUUGACGGUGGUGAUGAUGAUUAUGAGAAUGAAGAGGACGAUGAUGGGCAUAUGGAAAGUUCCAGAGAUUUGAGAGAGGCGAUGACUAAUCGCUUCGGCGGAAGAGCAAUCAGCUCGUCGUCAUAUGUGCCACCGAAUUACUACGGCAGUUCAACUAAGCCUCAGUACAACACAUUCAUCAAGUCAAUCUUUCAACUUCCAUCACGGUUCUUCAACGCUCUGACUGCAUCGUUUAAGCGUGUUCCAGCUUCACCAACGACAAAACCCCAUUAUGAGCGGAGACAAGCGUACAGUCUUGCUAGCAGCCAGAGCAGACACACUACCGAUGGCGCAUCGUCGCGUGGACUGGCCAUUUCUCGACUUUUGCUCUAUUUACUUGCCAUUUUAUUCGCGUUCCUGCUGCUUGCCUAUCUGGCAACCGUGCACACUCAAAUCUUCAUCAAUGCCGGACGAAUUGCGUUCAUAAUCGCUGUCGGUGGGGGAAUAUAUUUGACGAAACAGCGUUGGAAUGCUGUACAAGCUGAGGAGAGACGUGCUGUUUUCGAUCUAAUUGAAAAGAUCACCGAUAUGAUUCGUGAUUCGAGCGAACAAGGAGAGAUGUAUGUGGCCGAACCACACGUGCGCGAUAUGCUCAUUCCACCAUCCAAAAGUGCGAACGGUUCGGAUUCUACCAAAACGAACAGCAAUAAUUCCAGGCAAGGCGACAGUCCCGAAUGGCGUCGUUGGCAAGAGGCAACCAACUUUAUCAAUUCGAAAGAGUCUCGAGUGAGCGCCGAAACGCGUAUCAUCAACGGUGCUGAGUGUGCGGUAUGGCGCUGGUUACCGGCCAAAAAAACUGGAUGGCAGGGAAAUGCAUUCAACGGACAGUCACAGAAUGUACCACAAGAAGCACUCUCGCAUUGCCUGAAACUUCGUGGAAUGUUUCCAUCCAAGCAGGCAUCGGAUAGGGACGGUACUGACGUGAGAGUUGCGUUGCUUCAGAAGCUUUUGCCGAUUCGUCCAUUGCAUUUACACGUCGAUGAGAACUCGAAAGAGGGCAUCGUCUUUGUGCGUUUUGGGUCAUUGGAUGAUUGUAAGAAUGCAUUCACUGCGUUGCACGGAACAUGGUUCAAUGGCCAAUUGGUAUCAGCCAAAUAUCUUCGUGACGAACGUUAUGAUCAGCGAUUUCCUGGUGCUGUGAGGCAGUAA